AUGGGCGAGGCGGAAGCUGAGGGGUCGAGGGACAUGAUUAGGUCCCCUAGAGGGGAGGAUAGGCCUCGCGAGAGGGCGAGGGAUGAUGCAGUGGUAUACCCGAAGGCAGGGACAGCGGUCUGUACAGAGACAGAGGGGAGGACAGCUACGAGGGCCGCGAAGGACGCGGCGAGGAACAAUGAGGCGGCGAGGAUCAUAACAGCGGAUGCACUGGGCAUGAAGGGCAGCAGACGUAACGUAAACUGA